AUGGCUACCUCUACCAACGUCUGUCUCCGCUCCGCCGCCAUCCCACGCCACCAUUCCCCGCAAGCGAACGAUCUUCGGAUCUCCUCCCCUUCCCUCUCCUUCCGACCCACCGCCCCCCAUCCCGUCUCUCUCCGCGUCAUCCACCCCACUCUCCGCCUCAAGCCUCCUGCUCUUGUUUUAGCCGCCGGAGGCGGCACCGGUGGAUACAGCGGUGGUACCACCGGAGGAGGUGGAGGAGGGUGGAAUGGAGGAUCAGAUUCCUCCUCGUCCUCCACUCCCUCCGGCCAAGGAUUCGGGAUACUAGGCCUAUUCCUGAGCGGUUGGAGAUUGAGAGUGGCUGCCGAUCCCCAAUUCCCAUUCAAGGUCCUGAUGGAGGAGCUGGUCGGCGUAUCCGCCUGCGUACUAGGUGACAUGGCUUCCCGCCCCAACUUCGGCCUCAACGAACUCGACUUCGUGUUCUCCACUCUCGUCGUGGGCUCCAUCCUCAAUUUCACCCUCAUGUAUCUGUUGGCGCCUACAGCUGCCGCCGGUGCCUCUGCCUCAGCUCUGCCGUCUUUGUUCGCCAAUUGCCCCACCAGCCACAUGUUCGAGCCAGGGGCCUACACACUGAUGAACCGUCUGGGCACAUUCGUCUACAAGGGAACCAUCUUCGCUGCGGUUGGGUUUGCCGCUGGACUUGCAGGGACGGCACUGUCCAAUGGGCUGAUCAAGUUGAGGAAGAAGAUGGAUCCGAGCUUCGAGACCCCCAACAAGGCUCCCCCAACCCUGCUGAACUCGGUCACGUGGGCGCUGCACAUGGGGAUCAGCAGCAACUUGAGAUACCAGACCUUGAAUGGGGCGGAAUUUGUGCUGGCCAAUGCACUCCCUCCCGUGGCAUUCAAGACGUCGGUGGUGGUGCUGCGGUGCUUGAACAAUGUGAUGGGUGGGAUGUCCUUCGUUCUGCUGGCUAGAAUGACGGGAUCUCAGAGCGUUGGCCCUGCCAAACCCAUCGAGGAGGAGCCGGAGAAGGAGAAACUGCUCGAUGAUUAG